CAGACACGAAAGGAAAAGGCAGGAGAAAUUCCAUCACGUGGACCAACGUGUGUGUAGCAGUACGCGCCGUGCAGCGAUGUUUGAUAUCAGCACCACUGUAUCUCGGCGAGCAAUAUCAAGCUUCGUAUAUACGCUCUGAUCGUUUCAUUUUUCCUUGGUCUUUUCUUGGGUUUUUGACACAUUGCAAAAGUAAUCACCACUAUUGAUAUAUUUCAGAAAUCCAUUUCUAAGUUGAACUGCCCGCUACGGCACCCGCAAAUGGCAAUCCAGGGAACGACAGAACGCGAUCAGUGUGAGCUUCAGAAACAAAAGUCCAUACGAUCCAUAGCACGGCAACUUCAACGCCCAGAAUCAAGCAGCUACGAAGCAUUCGCAGCCAAUUUCAAGCCAAUUCGCAAAAGCGAAGGAAGGCCUCUAAGACGAGCUGCCUCCUCGAUUUACAGUGCUGAAGACAUAUUGGAGGAGCGAUCACCAACAUCGGAUUCUGGCCGUCGAAGAUCAGAGUCGUUCGAUAAAGUUUUUGCAUCCUUCGCAAAUGAUGUAGAUUCAUGGUCCAAACUCGGCUCUCUGCCUUCAUUGACGCAGCUCGGGAACAGACGCACAAUUGAUCCGGAGGCCGCUGCAGAGCUCGACACAUGGACAGAUCAACUCCUUGCAGAUUACGAUGAAGAAGACAGUGUCAAUGGUGCCGAUAGUGAUACAGAUCGUGUAUGGACUCCGGUACACAAUGGAUCAUCAGGCUUCACGACCCCAGAGAAGGAGCCAAAGAAGAUCAAAGUGCCACAAGUCGCACUACCUGAAGAUGACGACUCAGAUUUCAGAAUGCGAAGAAGCUCACCGAAGAAAGAUGACGAGCCGGUCUUCAGAGUGCCGCAAGUCGCAUUGCCGGAAGAUGACGAACCGGUGUUCCGGGUGCCGCGAGUUGCAUUGACGAAGGAUGAGGAGACUGAGGUCAAGGUACCACAAGUAUCAGUAGAGGAGGAGUACUUCGUGCAUAGCACGGACGAGUUCCCACGUUAUUCGGAAGACGUCUCCUUACAUGAUCCAGACACCAUCAAGCACUCGCAAAUCGAAGAGCCCACUUCGCGAUCACGAUUUGACGACAUUGAGCUCCCACGAAACGAAACUGCCAAUCCGCAGGCACGAUUUAGCGCGAUCGUGCAGCCAGUGAAGCCACAUGUCCCACUUGAAGCAAAGGAAUUGAAGUCGAAGAAAAAGAAGCAGAAGAAGCCAAAGAAAUAUUCUGAAUCCGGCAAAGCCACCGAAAAGUCCUUGGUCACGACCAUCGACGUUGAUCUCAAUGGAGGAUUGGUCAAAGAACGAGCAAUCCCACGAGGCUUCAACGAGACACCAAGUGAGGUGAUGGCGGCUAAAGACGAUGCAAAGGACCUUGUGGUAGAGUCUACGGCUGGCGCCAAGCCAAAGCAGUCGAAGCUUGGUCUACUUGAUCGCAUCGAUGUCCUUUUAUUUGGAGAAUUACCUCCGUCCAAGUCGCCCAUAGUCGACUUCAACCAAGCACGGGAACGACAUUUGGACGCUGACAGACCGCGUUUGAAAGUAAAUGUUCCCCCGUCAGCCAUCACGAAUGAGCGCUUUGUGCUUCAACCAGUGCCACAUGGAGCUCACCGUCGUCCGCCAAGGCCAAGAAGGUCGCCUCCACUCGGUGCCAACACGAACAAAGAGCUCCCACCACCUCCAAGCCCAACCUCUGCUCGCCGGCGGACACAAAACCCUGGGUUGGGAAUUCAAAUGCGAUCACGUGUGGAACAUUUCGACCUCGCUACGCUACACGAUAGGACGGUCCAGAACAGAGGCUAUAAUCCACCCGUUCACGCCGCUGCGCCUGCAGUACCGCCCAGCAACGACACAACGCGCCGCGAAAUGAGCGACUCUCGCCGUUACCAUCCUCCUGUCAGAACGAGAAGCCGCGCUGGGAGUCGAGCACGUCGACCACGCCGGAAGAGCACGGACACUGGAAAGUCUCAGCGAGAUGCUCCAGCUCGCCAGGACAUGAUUCUUCGACCUGCUGCAACAUUUCCCCGAUCUGGAGAGCCUGUGGGAAAUAUGCAGGAUGAUCACGACAUGAGACAAGCAGGUCCGCGAGACACUGCUACCAUGUGGCUCCAUGCCACAGACGAGUUGAGCGGGAAGAAUACCUGGGUGUGAAGGAGGGACAUUACUGUAUUCUUCGUUUGAGAUUGUUGCGGAGUCGAGGCGCCAUCGGGUCUUCUUUGGGUAUCUAAUCGUGUAGUGAGUUCAGUCAGGAUCCUUGAUAGGCUCC